CUCAAUACCCUCUGCCAUUACUUCUCUCUCAAUACCCUCUGCCAUUACUUCUCUCUCACUUUCCUCUCUCUCUCUCUCUAAGAUUUGUACCUACCUUUCAAACACUUCGCCAAAAACCGCUUCACAAAACCAUCACUGGUUUUCCGGCAAACAAAUCUCGGACCAGACAUCGAUAUCGAUAUCGAUUCACUCCUCUCUCUCUCCCUCUAGGGUUUCUUCGCUUCUUCCUCGCAGUUUCAUUUGCAUAUGAAUUUCUCAACAACAUUAAAGAGGAAGAAUUGAGGUUAAAGGGUUUGCUUUCAGUUUCCAGCAUAAACAAGAUGUUCGAGCCAAAUAUGUUGCUUGCAGCUAUGAACAACGAAGAUAGCAAUAACCACAACUACAACCAUGAAGUCAACAACAAUAACAAUGAAGGAUUUCUUCGGGACGAUGAAUUCGACAGUGCGAAUACUAAAUCGGGAAGUGAGAAUCAAGAAGGAGGAUCAGGAAAUGAUCAAGAUCCUCUUCAUCCCAAUAAGAAGAAACGAUAUCAUAGACACACACAACUUCAGAUCCAGGAGAUGGAAGCAUUCUUCAAAGAGUGUCCUCACCCGGAUGACAAGCAAAGGAAACAACUGAGCCGUGAAUUGGGUUUGGAACCUCUUCAGGUCAAGUUCUGGUUCCAAAACAAACGCACCCAAAUGAAGAAUCACCACGAGCGACAUGAGAACUCGCAUCUUCGGGCGGAAAACGAGAAGCUUCGAGGAGACAACCUUAGAUAUCGAGAGGCUCUUGCAAACGCUUCUUGUCCUAAUUGUGGUGGUCCAACUGCCAUUGGAGAAAUGUCCUUCGACGAACACCAACUCCGUCUCGAAAAUGCUCGAUUAAGAGAAGAGAUCGAUCGAAUAUCAGCCAUAGCAGCCAAGUACGUAGGAAAGCCAGUCUCAAACUAUCCUCUCAUGUCUCCACCUCCUCUUCCACCACGUCCUCUAGAACUCGCCAUGGGAAAUUUUGGAGAUGUUUAUGGAAACAACCCAACAGAUCAGUUCAAGUGCAUCACUGCACCAACAGAAUCUGAUAAACCAGUGAUCAUCGACUUAGCCGUGGCUGCAAUGGAAGAGCUCAUUAGGAUGGUUCAAGUGGACGAGCCAUUGUGGAAUAGUUUGGUUUUCGACGAAGAAGAAUAUGCACGGACGUUUCCUAGAGGAAUCGGACCUAAACCAGCUGGAUUUAGAUCCGAAGCCUCACGAGAAAGCGUGGUUGUGAUCAUGAAUCAUAUUAAUAUCGUUGAGAUUCUCAUGGAUGUGAAUCAAUGGUCAAUGGUGUUUGCGGGGAUGGUUUCUAGAGCGAUGACGUUAGCUGUUUUAUCGACUGGAGUUGCAGGAAACUAUAAUGGAGCUCUUCAAGUGAUGACUGCAGAGUUUCAAGUUCCAACACCGUUAGUACCGACCAGGGAAACGUAUUUCGCACGUUACUGUAAACAACAAGCAGAUGGUUCAUGGGCUGUUGUGGAUAUUUCCUUGGAUAGUCUCCAGCCAAAUCCACCGGUUAGGUGCAGGCGGCGAGCUUCAGGGUGUUUGAUUCAAGAAAUGCCUAAUGGAUACUCCAAGCUGACUUGGGUGGAACAUGUGGAAGUUGAUGACAGAGGAGUUCAUGAUUUGUAUAAACACAUGGUUAGUACUGGUCACGCCUUUGGUGCUAAACGCUGGGUAGCUAUUCUAGACCGCCAAUGCGAGAGGUUAGCUAGCGUCAUGGCUACAAACAUUUCUUCAGGAGAAGUUGGCGUGAUAACUAACCAAGAAGGGAGGAGGAGUAUGCUGAAACUGGCGGAGAGGAUGGUUAUAAGCUUUUGUGCAGGAGUGAGUGCUUCAACAGCUCACACUUGGACUACAUUGUCUGGUACAGGAGCUGAAGAUGUUAGAGUGAUGACUAGAAAAAGUGUGGAUGAUCCUGGAAGGCCUCCGGGUAUUGUUCUUAGUGCAGCUACUUCGUUUGGGAUCCCUGUUCCUCCAAAGAGAGUUUUUGACUUCCUCAGAGAUGAGAAUUCAAGAAAUGAGUGGGAUAUUCUGUCAAAUGGUGGAGUUGUACAAGAGAUGGCACAUAUUGCUAAUGGGAGAGAAACAGGAAACUGUGUUUCCCUCCUUCGUGUAAAUAGUGCAAACUCUAGCCAGAGCAACAUGCUGAUUCUACAAGAGAGUUGCACUGACCCUACAGCUUCAUUUGUGAUCUAUGCACCAGUGGAUAUUGUAGCGAUGAACAUAGUGCUUAAUGGAGGUGAUCCAGACUAUGUAGCUCUUCUUCCAUCAGGUUUUGCUAUACUUCCUGAUGGUAAUGCGAAUGGUGGAGGAGAAGGAGGGUCGUUGUUGACGGUUGCUUUUCAGAUUCUGGUUGACUCGGUUCCAACGGCUAAGCUGUCUCUUGGAUCUGUUGCAACUGUGAACAAUUUGAUUGCUUGCACUGUUGAGAGGAUCAAAGCUUCCAUGUCUUGUGAGACUGCUUGAAGAAACACAGAGAGGAUGAUUCGGUUGAAGAGAGUUUUUUGGUGUUGAAAGGGGGAGGAGUCAAGAGCGAACCUUACAAGAUAUACCAUUGAGUAAGGUUAUGGAUUGUAGUGUUAAGUUUUGCUCUGCUUAUUUGUUGAAACUAUAAGCAGUGACAAAACUUUUUACUUGAGAGUGACAAUGCAAAUGGUGUAAAGAGGUUCGGGAAUUGACUUCCCUUGCAACAUACUUGGUCAGAGAUGCUUUUCAACUUGUUUUUUUUUUUGUGUCACUUCUUUCAAAGCUUUUGGUUAGAAAGACCUUAAUCAAGAAUUUGAAGUUUGUAUUCUUUUGGGUUUAAAUUUUGUUUAUAUUGAAAGUAUUGUUUUAUUUCU